ACAUCAACUCAACUUCAACCAAAAAUGAAGAACUGAUUCUGUAGCUGACCAUAACAAACAUGGAUGUUAGUGUCCUUGUGUUGGACCUUGUUAUUAAGAAUUUUGUUCAUAUUACUUUCAUUAUUCGUUAUUCAGACCGAGAAUUCUGGCGUUGAAAAUUAAAUAAAAAGUUAAAUGUCUCAAAGCAUAACCAGCGGGAGUGGAGCCCAGGGUGAAGGUGGAGGUAUUGGUGAGGAGGGUGAAGACCAGGAAGAUCCAUCUUCUUCUUCUUCUUCUCCUAUUUUGGAUCAAUCAAAAGAUGAAGAACUGGCGAACUUUCGUGCCGAGUGGCGCAAAGAAUUAAAAUCUUCUCCAGUUUCUCAAAACCCAGCUUCGUCAUUGAGUCCUUCGAUCAGUACAACAGAAGAGUCUGAAACAGACGAGGAAAAGGCGAGGCAAUUAUUUUUGAAGGGUGUGGAAAAUGAACAGCUGGGUAAAUUGUACGAAGCUAUACAGUUCUACAGGAGGGCAGUGCAACUAGUACCUGACAUUGAGUUUCGUCUCUACGAGAGUACAAACCAGAGGCCUGCUGUCGAGACAACAGAACAUGCAGUGGAUGAGACAGAAGAAGAUAACCUGGAGUUGGAGGAUGAAGAAGAAGUGGAGGAGUUUGACCCUUCCCAAUCUGACCUGACCUCACAUUUGCAAAGGGUGGUGAGCAGGAGUUACUGCAUUUGUCAGCCUAAAGUUCCUCAAAAGAUGACACACAUCUCUGCCCUCCCCGUGGAGAUCAUCCUGUACAUUCUGCGCUGGGUCGUGUCCUCAGAACUGGAUCUGCGCUCCCUAGAGAUGUGCUCAUCAGUCUGUCGAGGUUUCUAUGUUUGUAGUCGUGACUCGGAAAUCUGGAGGCUUGUGUGUGUCAGGUGAGAUAGUUUUCAACGAUCUU